AUGACCAGGAUUCACAAGUUGAUCAAGCAGGAUGGAACAGUCAAGUAUGGUGAAACAGCCACACUACAAAAGGAUUUAGAUAAUAAUUCCAAGUGGACAGAAUUUUGGCAGUUUGCCUACAGCUUCAUCAUAAUGUUGAGCAGCACCUUCUGUAGCCCUCAGUCUCUUAUGGAUCAGCAGAGGAAAAUGAAACUGGUAGCCAUUUGCACUACAUUGCUGCUCGUAUCUAUGAUUGCCAACACUGCCCAGGGCCGAGGGUUGAGCCAUAAAAUCGUCAACAGAAAUACUAACAUUGACCCAUUCUGGUAUGUGAAUCGCGGGGUGCGACCGAUCGGCCGAUUCGGGAAGAGGCAGAUGGCAAGUAGUAGCAACCGGAGACUGACCAUGAAUAACCUGGAGUUGAUCCUGAAUGCUUUGAGGGAACAGGAUGCAUUCGAUUCCAACCAGCAGCAGGGAGGGGACGAGAAUUACUGA